AUGCUGUUCUCCUCGCUAUUUGGACUCUCGGUCCUAGCCGCUACCACAACUGCCCUUCCAGGAAGUGUGAGUCGGAGGGCUGUAUCCUCCCCGACGGCCAGUGUCAGGAACGGGACAUACUCCGGCAAGCGCAAUGCCAACUUCAACCAAGACCUCUUUCUGGGUAUUCCGUUCGCCCAACAACCCGUGGGCAACCUGCGCUUCGCAAUCCCACAAUCCCUGAAUGAGACUUGGGAGGGUGAGAAAAACGCGACAGAGUACUCGAACAUCUGUGUCGGAUACGGGACCGACUCUAUCUGGUACCCCCAAUCAGAAGCAUGCCUAACCUUGAACGUUAUCCGGGACUCCUCAGUCGACGAAACCUCCGCCCUUCCCGUAGGUGUCUGGAUCCACGGCGGCGGCUUCUACCAGGGCUCUGGAGCAGACCAGAGAUAUAACAUGUCUGCGAUCGUUGCGAAUGCGCAGGAGAUCGGCAAACCCUUUAUCGGCGUAACAAUCAACUACCGCCUCUCAACAUGGGGCUUCCUCAACUCAGACGAGAUUAAGGCCGCCGGCGCCACAAACCUCGGUCUGCGCGACCAACGCCUCGCCCUGCACUGGAUCCAGGAAAACAUAGCCGCGUUCGGCGGUGAUCCGACCAAGGUCACAAUCUGGGGCGAGUCCGCCGGCGGCAUGUCAGUCGGUAACCACCUUAUCGCCUACGGCGGCCGCGACGACGGUCUCUUCCGUGCCGGAAUUAUGCAGUCAGGCGGUUCAGUUUCCGCUUCACCAGCCAAUACGACCGCCUACCAGUCCCAAUACAACGAGAUCGUCUCCAGGGCCGGCUGCUCCGGCUCGAGCGACACACUGCAGUGCCUACGCGAAGUGCCCUUCGAGACUCUGAACGCCAUAUUCAACACCACAAGCGGAAAUCCUGCAUACCGCUUCUCGCCAACCGUCGACGGCGACUUCAUCCGGGAAUGGGGGAGUGUCCAACUUGACAAGGGCGACUUCGUCAAGGUGCCCAUCAUCGCGGGAACAAACACCGAUGAGGGAACCUCCUUUGGCCCGACGGGAAUUAACACGACCGAGCAGUUCUACAACUAUCUGACUGGCGGCGCAUCAGGCUUCCGAUACCCACCCGCCAUCGCUCAGGAGAUCCUCGACCUAUACCCCGACGACCCCUCGCAAGGAAUCCCCGAAUUCCUAGGCGACCAGCGCGUCCCGAGCAAGGGCUGGCAAUGGCGACGCACAUCCGCGUACGCAGGCGACUACAGCAUGCACGCCAACCGCCGCCGACAGACCGAGGUCUGGGCUGAGCAUGGCGUUCCCGCAUACGCGUACCGCUUCAAUACGCGCGGCGGCGAUGUACCCUGGAUCAGCGGCGCGCAGCACUUUACCGAGGUUGCGUUUGUGUUCAAGAACUUUGAGGGCCUUGGGUAUCACUAUGGCCUGCCGUUUCAAGGGAUGCCUGAGAGGUACAAGGACCUUAGUACGUUGGUCUCAAGCAUGUGGGCCAGCUUCAUCGUUGAUUUGGAUCCGAAUACCGGUGUUGAAAGCGAGGUUUAUUGGGAGGGAUACGGGGUCGACGCACCCGUGGAUAUCGUCUUUGAUGCGAACGUUACUGGGCUUGGGGCUUUGGAGGACGAUACGUGGAGGAAGGAGGGCAUUGAUUUCUUGAACUCGAUCUCCAGGGUCUUGUGGCGGUAG